UCAUAAUCGUAGGUACCUUCUGCGUUGCAACUCUGCUGAGAAUAUCCUGCCUUCAGGGAUUUCUUUGUUUUUCUGCUUAUGAUUCCCCCUUUUCUUAGCUGUAGUACAGCCGUACCAUUUCAGCUUGCUAGGGCAGAAAGAUGUUGUGAAUUCAGUUGCUGUGAACGAUCCUGGCCUGACUCCAGACGCUCAUGCUCUUAGAGGCAUGCUAAAGAGUCGCAGGUGAAUCUAACCUGAUCCGUCCUCCAGCAGAACGAUAUGUGUCACAAAGAUGUCUACACGGAACUGCCAAGGAAUGGAUUCUGUGAUCAAACCCCUGGACACAAUUCCAGAGGACAAAAAAGUCAGGGUUCAGAGGACACAAAGCACUUUUGAUCCAUUUGAGAAGCCAACUAGUCAAGUGAAAAGGGUCCAUUCAGAGAACAAUGCCUGCAUUAACUUCAAGACUGCAUCUACUGGGAAGGAAUCUCCAAAAAUCAGGCGGCAUUCCAGCCCUAGCUCUCCAACAAGUCCCAAGUUUGGAAAAGCAGACUCUUACGAAAAACUAGAAAAGCUGGGGGAAGGUUCAUAUGCCACGGUAUAUAAAGGCAAAAGCAAGGUAAAUGGCAAACUUGUGGCACUGAAAGUGAUUAGACUUCAAGAAGAGGAAGGCACCCCCUUUACAGCCAUCAGAGAAGCUUCCCUUCUGAAAGGCCUAAAGCAUGCUAAUAUUGUGCUGCUUCAUGAUAUCAUCCACACCAAGGAGACAUUGACCCUGGUCUUUGAGUUUGUGCACACUGAUUUAUGUCAGUACAUGGACAAACAUCCUGGAGGACUUCAUCCAGACAAUGUGAAGUUGUUUUUAUUUCAAUUGCUGCGAGGACUGUCGUACACCCACCAGCGUUACAUUUUGCACAGGGACCUGAAGCCCCAAAAUCUUCUGAUCAGUGACACUGGGGAGUUGAAGCUGGCAGAUUUUGGACUCGCACGAGCCAAAUCUGUCCCAAGUCACACAUAUUCUAAUGAAGUGGUAACCCUGUGGUACAGACCUCCAGAUGUCCUCUUGGGCUCAACAGAGUAUUCUACUUGCCUUGACAUGUGGGGAGUUGGUUGUAUCUUUAUAGAAAUGAUUCAGGGUGUUGCUGCUUUCCCAGGAAUGAAAGAUAUUCAAGAUCAACUUGAAAGAAUAUUUUUGGUACUUGGAACCCCAAAUGAAGAUACCUGGCCGGGAGUUCAUUCUCUACCCCAUUUCAAGCUUGAGCGUUUUACACAGUACAGUGCUAAAAACCUCAGGCAAGCCUGGAAUAAGCUAAGCUAUGUGAACCAUGCAGAGGAUCUGGCCUCCAAAUUACUCCAGUGUUUCCCAAAGAACAGAUUGUCAGCACAGGCAGCUCUGAGCCAUGAGUAUUUCAGUGAUCUGCCCCCACGGCUAUGGGAGCUAACUGACAUGUCCUCUAUUUUUUCCGUACCGAAUGUAAGAUUACAACCAGAGGCUGGAGAAGGCAUGAAAGUCUUUGGAAAAAACAAUAUUUAUGGCAAAGGUUUAUCAAACAUUAAGCACUAAGAAGCAUUUUGAUUUCCCACAUAUAAUUCAG